UGAUAUGUUUGUAAGCACAUUGUACGUACUCGGUACAUUCUGCGCUGCCGUCUACUGGCUAACCAAAGCAACCGUUCCAGCCAACAAAGAUGCGUCAUUUGUUGAAUUUCAGCGUUCGUAUAUGUCCGUGUACAUACUCGCAACAGGAGCAGACUGGAUUCAAGGGCCACAUGUGUAUGCCCUCUAUCAAAGCUAUGGGAUGAAAGCACAUGAGAUUGAGAUUCUAUUUGUGGCUGGAUUCUCCUCAUCCAUGUUGGUUGGCACUAUCAUUGGCUCAUUUGCAGAUACUUUUGGCAGAAGAUCUAACUGCAUACUUUAUGGAAUACUUUACAGUUGCGCCUGCAUUACAAAGCAUUUUCCCAACUUCUGGAUUCUCAUGAUUGGGCGGGUGCUUGGAGGAGUGGCCACAUCUAUUCUGUACAGUGCAUUUGAGUCCUGGGUGGUUUAUGAACAUCAUCAUUUAGGAUUUGACAGCUCAUCCUUGGGUGUCCUGUUCAGUCAUGCUACACUAGGAAACUCACUGGUUGCCAUAGCAGCAGGCUUGAUUUCUCAGGUUGUGGCAGACAAGUUUGGCUUUGUUGCACCAUUUGAUGUCUCGAUGCUUGUGCUCAUGGUCAUGGCCAUCAUGAUCGCUUGCCUUUGGAAGGAAAAUUGUGGUGAUGCGGGAUUGCCGCUAUACCAGACGUGCUGUGCUGCAUUCACCGUCAUAAGAAAAGAUCGCAAGGUGCUAUGUUUAGGAAUCAUACAAAGCCUGUUCGAAGGUGCAAUGUAUACAUUUGUACUUGAAUGGACACCAGCAUUAUCUCCCCCUAUUGAUCCAACUGAUGAAGUUACACUGGCUCAUGGUAAUGAGCGAGUCACUAUUCCUCAUGGAUAUGUAUUCGCUAAUUUCAUGGUUGCUAUCAUGAUUGGUUCAUGUAUUUUCAAGUUGCUGCUAGUCCAUUUACCAGUAGAGUCAUUUAUGAGGCCAGUUCUUCUAAUUGCAGCCGGAUCAUUAGCAAUGCCAGUUCUUUUCCACGGGGAGCAGAUGCUAAUCUUUGUUGGCUUCAUCAUCUUUGAGGUUUGCGUCGGAAUCUUCUGGCCAGCUCUGAGCACAAUGAGGGGCAAAUAUGUUCCUGAAGAAGCCAGGUCAACCAUCAUGAACCUCUUUAGAGUACCGCUGAAUGCUGUUGUAAUACUAAUACUACUACAGGUGAGUAUCUACAUGCUAUCCUGUAUGCUAUCAAUUGUUGGUGAAGAUAUGGCUAUGGAAGCUUUCGAUAUGGAUCUCUUGCACCCAGAAAUAGGCGAUAUCACUGGCCUGGAUGAUCUGCUGAGUUUUAAAUCUCCGGUGGAAGAUUCCAACGCAGAGAUGGAGUGGCUGGAUGGGUUUCUAGAUGACAGUACACCCGUUCUCAAUGACAGAAUGAUGACAGACGCAGUUCCUUCUCCACACAUCAAGUCGGAGCACAGCUACUCGAUGGCAGAAGGCAGAUGUAGUAGUGCACACCUUCAGCACGACCGACUCAUUGAUCUUGAACUGCACAGUGAUAAUCUGACUGCUGAGCUGGAUGUUGAUCUUCCGUCAUUCCCCCCACAUCUACAUGGCAAAAUAAGGCGACAGGUCAUCGCACAUGGCAACAGAGCCCCCGAAAUGGUCAUUAAACAGGAGCCAGGCGAAAGCAAAACUGUGACAGGAGUCUGUGUGAUAUUACAUGGAGUGCCAUAA